AUGGGUGGUUCCAUCCCUCCGUCGUCCUCCAGGCCCAUUCCCUCCAUUCCUCCCUCUUCCUCGUCUUCCUCAUCAUCUACGGCCAUUCCAACUACCACUGUCGCUUCUACGCCUUCCUCCUCUUCCUCCGCCUUGUUUCGUCCCCGCCGUUCAGAAGAUUGGCAGAAAUACCGGCCCAUUAUCGAAGACCUCUAUCUGAAUAAUCAGUUGAAACUGCGAGAUGUCAAAAUAAUCAUGGAGCGAGAGCACCAUUUUGUUGCUUCGGAAAAACAGUACAAAGACCGUCUUGCAGCAUGGCACAUCCGCAAAAACAUCAAAGCCAAAGAAGUCCAGGUCAUGAUCCGGAAACAGCAAAAACGAGCUGCUCGUGGGAAACAAACGGCUUUUCGGGUUGGGGGACAGGAAGUCGAUUCCAAACGCAUCUCUCGUUUUCUUCGCAGAUACGGUUCUUCGUGGGAAAAUUCGCGCAAUGAUCCCAAGUCGCCGCCACAGACCAACAGUCCUGAGCCAGAAACCCCCACCGACAUGAGUUGCUAUACACCCGAACCAGAAGACAAAUCCUCAGUACUAUCGCCCAUGCCAGAAAUUCCAUCAGAUCCCCGUGAGACUCCCCAUCACCCGGUCUGGACCAUGGCAACAAACACUGAGUAUGUGUUAGGAGCCCUCGGUGUUUCGCCGCUAGACCCCAAUCACCCCAUUCCAUCGCAUCGUUCUCAUCCUCAUCCUGCUGAAAUGCCCGAUGACCAAUCUCUCUCGGCCACGCUGAGUCCGAGUUUAACGAAUGACACGUCCAAACCACUAGACGAUGAUCUUCGCGAAGAAGAUCCGUGGCAUGCUCUUGUCUCUUUUCAAGACCGCCUUCUUGUGCUCCAUCAGACGCUGGAGCAGUCCAUGUCGGAUUAUACCUCGCCUCUGGAUGAUUGA